AUGUUAUAUGCAGUACUUGAAAAUAGACUUGGUGUCAAUGUUCAAGCAGCUUACAGUGAUAUUGAAAUCCAAAGAGAUGAGGCUUGGAGGAUGGAUCGACAAAGACUUGAUGAACAAGUGGCUGCUGAGGCUGCAAAAGAUAAAGGUAAAGAUAAUGCAAGAAGAAUCGAAGUUGAAAGACGUCGAUUGAAAGCAAAGGAAGCUAAGAAAGCUAAGGCUGUUGAGAUAGUUGACAAAGAAAAGGAUGAUGAGGAUGAAGAGGAUGAUGAUCUGAAAGAUAUUGAUAACUUUCAUGAAAGUGAUGAUGAUGAUCAGGAUGGAAAUGGUGGUGCUCUGAUUGUGAGACAACCUGGUGCUGAUCAAGUCGAUGAUUACUUCAAUGAUGAACAGAAUGAAGAAAAAGAAGAUGUUCAGUCUAAGGGUCAUGACGUUGAAGAGGGAGAACUAGUAGAGAAUUGGACUAGGGAGUUGAUGUUGGAAGCUUUGGGUAUGAAUGAUGAAAACUUGAAGUUUGACAUUGAAGACGAGAUCCCAACAGCUCCUGAUAGUGAAUAUGUGUUUAAGUUUGUGGAAGAUGCAGGCAAUUUCAAUGAUGUGAUUGUUGAAGAUGAUUCAUCUGAUUCUGACCAAGAUGUUCCAUUUCAUUAUGCUGGUCAAGAUGAUAAUUUUCCGACUUUUGCUGAACUAUUCCGCACUCACAAUGAAGAUGAUCUCAGAAGGAAAGUUGCUAAAAAGAUUAGUACAGAUGGUCCUCCAAAGACGCUUUCAGAGGAAGAACUUAGAGAAAAAAAGAAAGAAGUGGUUUAA